AUGCCUAUUGUCUUAUUUUACCCAAAACACCAACUACAACAAGGACCUAAACACCUCUCUAAACUUCUUGAGAACUCAUUUUCAAAAGCAAUAUCAUAUCAUCAACCAUGGGUUGGAAGUUUAAGUGACAAUGCCACCAUCCAUUGUGAUAACACUGGGGCUGAGUUCUUCGAAGUUGAAGUUAAUUGUCCUAUGGAUCAAGUCGUUCAUCACCCAGACUUAGCAUUUCCUCCAGGGCUACCCUGGAGGAAUGUUCCUCCAGCACAUGAUGGUGGUUGUUUGAGCGUAGCUCAACUCAGCCACUUUGAGUGUGGAGGAAUAGCAGUCAGUGUCUGCAUGUCACAUAAGGUGGGUGAUGCACGUAGUGCAUUCUUCUUUCUAAAGGAUUGGGCUACAUUAACUCGAAAAUAUCCAAAUGGAGAAUCAACAUGUGCCCCUUAUUAUGUCCAAGAUUCAUUAAUGCCAUCACGACCUGAUGGUCCUCUAGAUUUUCCGGUUAUGGUUGAGCCAAAUACACAAGACACUAUCGACCUUGAAAAAAGGUUUUUCUUAUCUGAAUUCAAGAUAAGAGCCCUCAAAGCUUUCGUUUCUUCUGAUAAAUCAUCAACCGUUCAAAAUCCAACAACAACUGAGGUUGUAAGUGCACUUUUUUACAAAUGUGCAGCAACAGCAGGUGCAAACUUAUCAAAUACUGGUAAUAGUAGUAAUGAUUCUUCAUCUCAAUUGGUCUUGGUAUCAGAUUUACGAAAAACAAUUCCACCUUCAAUACAAUCAACCACCACAAUAGGAAAUAUUCUCACCGCGUUCUCCACACCAACAUAUAACCUAGAAGACCUUAGGUUACCAAAGUUAGUAUCUGAUAUAAGAAAGUCCAAACUCGAGCUUUCUAACAAAGAUAAUUUCAAAAACAACACAUGGAUAUCAGAAAUGUUGGAAUACACAAAUAAAGUUAAUACAAGAGUAGAGGAUGCUCAAUCGUAUCUCCAGAAGAGUUCAUGUCACGAUGUGUAUCGUUGUAGUAGCAUAUGUAACAUGCCAUAUCAAGAUUUGGAUUUUGGAUGGGGGAGGCCUAGUAGAGCAAGCAUGGCAAGUGCUCCAUUUAACAAUGUGUUGUACUUAAUGAAUACACAUGAUCAAAGUAAAGGAAUUGAAGUGUUUAUCAACUUGAAUGAACAACAAAUGUCCAUUUUUGAACAAGACAAGGACCUUCUCCAAUUUGCUACUCAUGUUAAUGAUGAUGAUGUUCAUGAUGAGGACGAGAAAUAUUGCAUUGGAGCUUACUAA